AUGUUCGAAAACAUGUCCGUGAACGAUCUUAAAACCUAUCUUCGCGAACGCGGCGUAAGUGUGAAUGGCUACUUAAAACCAGCUUUGAUCGAAAUUGCCAACGCGGUUGCAAAAAUGAUGCUUCCCGUUGUUAUUGAAUUUGAAAAGGGAAAUAACAAUCAAGACAUACAUAAUUUUAUUAUUCAUGAUAUGGAAAUCAGUGAUCCGUUUUCUGCAUCGCAUAAUCUCGUGAAUAACUUUGUCGAUUCACCCCCGUUUGGAUUGUAUGAUAUUUUUAACUAUUUGAUCUUUCAUUCAUGCGAUUAUGAUAAACAAGGUUUAGCAGCUUACAAAGCCUUUGAUGAAUAUCGGUUGUUCCAAGAUGGAUAUGUUGAAUCACUUCUAACGGAGACAAUGUCAAAAGAAGGAGUUCAUCUGUACAUGGGUAAGGUGAAACCCGCCAUGAAAGAGAAGACAGAUGAGGGAAAGUUAUUUUACGAUUGUUGGUUUAUGCUAGAAGGCAAAGGGGCUAAUCGAGGCAGUGUGUUGAAAGCGAGAUGUCGAUGUAAAGGUGGCCGUGACGGAGGCUGCAAGCACAUUGCUGCUCUCAUGUAUUCGUUGGAAGACUUAUUGAACACGCGUGACAACGACAGUCCAACCAACGUACCAUGUAUAUGGACAAAGAAACCCACAACAGACAGCAGACCAUGUGAUGUUAAGGACCUGGAAAUUGGAAAAUGCGAGCAGCCGCUAAAAAAACAUAAGAAUGAACACGUCUACUGCGAACACAUCGAUGUUGAUGUCAGGCAUGAAAAUGACCGAGAUUUACCAACAAAUGAUGCCAUACAAACGUUCACACAAUCGUUGGAGAAAACUGGUAUGAGACCAACCAUUUUACCCCUACUCACCAAGCUGUACAGCCAAUCUCAAAAAUCACCUAGUGGUAACACUUCAAUAAAUAGUCUAAAGUCUGAAAACCCCCCGAUUAAAUCGGAAGAAAUGUAUGGUAUCAUGGAGCAGAAGUUGUGA